GCUAUUUAUUUUAAUAUGGACUAAUUGUCAUGUGCCAUAACGUUUUUCACAAUGCUUCAAAGUGGGUCUAUCCUAAAGUUUAACACCAUCCAAAGAGCACCCCAACUCAUAAAGCACUUAGCUCAGUCCGACCCACUACUACUGUAACAGUUUAAUAUUCAUAUGGUAGCACAGAAUUAAUGUUCUCCAGUGUAGGGCUCUAAUCUUUGCAUUUGGUGUGCCUGCGCACCCUGAUAUAACAUUAACUGAUUAAAUGUACUGGUGUAUUACAUCGCCUAAAUGUACUUUGUUGUUCUAGGUUUUCAUAUGGUAGGUAGCACACACAUAGUAGUAAAAAGUGACAGAAUUAUGGUUAUGGUUAAGGUAUUUAGCAGACAAUACUCUUUUAUGAAAAAAAAAAAAUGAAAAACCCCGCGUUUACGAAAAGGUGAAUAUUUCCUUCCAAUGUUGCUAUGCGCUUGCCAACCAAUCAGAGCAGAAAAGUUGCUGACAGACCACUUCGCGAGGGUUCUAAGUGAAAACUGAACAGUUGAAUUGGGGAGCUCGAGAGUGUCUGUUGUGUUUUUGUUUGUGAAAUUCUGUCAAAGUAUUUAUUUUUUUCUGUCGAAUGAAGUGUUAAUAAUUAAUAAUCGUGGAAAUCUAAUUUGGCGGAUUAAUUUCUGGAGGAUUUACAUUUUCGUCUUACAACAUUUUAAUGGAGGGCAAUAAUGCAUUGAAAAGCCAGUUGAGAGGGAAUUUAUGUGGUCCCAGAAUGGCAUUUGAUCGGUUCCAAAAUGCAGUAUCGGGGUCAGACUCAUACUUCUCUCCACAGAAGAAUCAGGUCAGUCUUACAGAUAUUGGGCGGCUGCCUCAGCCCUAUCCAUUACCUGAAUUCCCGCUGUCUGAGGAUGCCAACCUCUACACACCAUGGGCAGCUCCAGACGACUUUCAGAAGUUUAUGGAUUGUGCUCAAACCAAUCCCAAAAAUAUCUUUGAAAGGACCCAGAUGGACGCAAACCAGUGUGGAAGUGAGGCUGAUCUAUAUGGCUUGGUGUCCAAUAUCCUGGAAGAUGCUGAUCAGUUGGACACCACUUUUGCAGAAGAAACCCAAGGCAGUCUGAAGUCUGUGUGGUCUCCUAAUACCAUGAGGCAGAACAGCUUGCAGCAGUACUUUACCCCAGAGCUCAAGAUGCAGCCAAACUCCAGCUUCCAGCCAGGCCCGGGCUACUCUGACCCCCAUCUCAAGGCUCUUAGGCAGUUCCCUGGCAAGGAUCCGCAGCUUAGAGCAGACUGCUUCCAGCAUCUCAGUGACUUUGAAAGUGACUCACUCUGGCUCCUCUCCCCUUGCAAUGGAGACGCUCAGGCCUAUUCCAUGCCGGAGGCAGAGCUGCCUCGACCCCCGGGCUUAGAGCUCCCCCCUGGGGCCAGCUCGUACAUGUCCAAGGCCCGAGCAGGAAAGGCUCAAGAGUUCAGCACAGCUGUGAAGGAUGAGGGUCUGUGUGGGGUCGCCAGGGCCCUCGAUCCAAGCUGUAGCCUCCAGGCGGGCAGGCCAAGCGAGUCGUACUUCGGCGAUUACUCCGAUGAUUUUGGCGCGGGCCGGGCCAAGCCAAAGAUGCACAAGCCCCUUUCCAUGCAGGAGAUGAGCAAGCUGGCAGCCAGCAUGCAGGCUAUGCUGAUGGGGGAGCAGGAGAGCACCUACUCCCGGGAGCCCCCUCUGAACAGAGCACUGAACCACAGGCACUACGAGGACAGCAUGGCCGAACAAAAGAGCCUCCUGUACCCCCGUAUGCCACCAGCGCUGCAGUACAAAAGAGACGUGCAGAGAGACUUUGAGGAGCAACGUGGGAGCGACCUGGGGAAGAGGCAGUCCCCUCCGUGUGACUUCUACCCCAAAGACUACGCAGGGCCAGGUCAGCAGCAGUGUGACUACUUCCAGACCUUACCAUCACCUCAGGCGGUCAAGAUCAGCACCAGCAGCGGUGCCAAUGAGCCCGGCCUCAACCAGUAUGCCUCGCUGUAUGCUCAGUCAAGCCAGUACCAUGGCCAAGCUAAGCAGAUGUCCAGGGCGGACAUGGUGGGUGCAGGUGCUCUUGGGUUGACCAGGUUCCCCGCUCCCUCUGUUUCUGACCUUCGCUCACUACUGUCCUCCCAGCAGUUACAGAGGGGCUCCGGCCAGAACUGCAUGCCUGACUGCAGCCAGGGGGAUAUGGGAGACAGCCUGCAGGGCCGGCCGGGGCAGGGGCCUGGAUGUGGUAGCCUGAGGAGAGGUCAGGGCAACGGUGGUGCUGGAGAUGGGCCUGAUAUGGAUCUCCAUACCGAGAAGACUCGGAUGCACGGCUCUGCCUUGGCUGCAGACAGCUUUGCCCCUCAGUGCUUCAUGGAGGGUAGGAACAAGCCCCUGUGUGGAGACAGGAAGCAGGGCCUGCUGCAGAAUCCUUACUUGGAGCUGCUGGGCAGUCUAUAUGGACCUCCAGCCCUCCAGCACAGCAACCAAGGGAAACCUCAGCCUUCACCCUUCCUGCCCCUCCUGUACCCAGCCAUGGGUGGCCCAAGACAGGGUGGUUUUAGCUCCCUCCAGUCCCGCUCCUCUCAUCCCUACAACUCUCUCAUGGACUUUGAUUUCAUGCCAGAGGGAGAGGCUGCAAUAUUUAACCCCUACUUGCAGGAGGCAAUGGGAUUGGCUGCGGGAGGAGACGGGCCUCUCCCAGGAUUCCUCUCUUCCCUCAGGGGCCCCAGGCUGGGCAGGAGCCGUGGAGGACCUACCAAUCAGCUCCACCAGCACCUGGAGGAGUGCUGUGAGCAGUGGAGACUCCUGGAGAAGGAGAGGAAGAAGUCAGAGGGAAUCCUGACCAAGACUUACCCAGGGAAACGCAUAUCAGUGGGAGGCAGCAACCCACUGCCCAAGGUCCCUCACAACCCCUCCCGAGUGGACCGCCUCAUUGUAGACCAGCUGCGAGAACAAGCCAAGGUGGUGAGUGUGCUGGGGAGGAUGGAGCGCCUGAGGAGUGUUCCCCUGCAUGCUAAUGUCUGCACAAUGCUGGACCGACACCUGGAGGCCAUCUACAGCACUCAGGCCCGCCGCAGGGAGGAGCUGCAGAGCAGCAGCACGCGCCAGAGACCCGGGGCUGCUCUUCUCAACGAGGACAGAGACAUCCUCCUGCUGGCUGUAGCCCUCAGGGAUCUGGCCAGCACCACCAGGAAGUCACGCACAGCUCUGUGGUGCGCCCUGCAGAUGACUUUACCCAAGAGCAGCCACGGCCUGGAGGCCUCGGAGGCAGACAGCUACCCCGCUGCAGAGACCCAGUUGGAGAGGAUCACCGCUGUGUUUUAGCCACCUAGUGCAGUGACCAGGCCUCUGUCUCACGAAAGGUAGUGACAUAGCCUUAGCUCAGUUCCAGCUAUGAAAGGAUAUGUUCGUUUUUUGACAGUGUAUAUACAAUAAUAUUGCAUCUUAUGUUUUGGUCAAUAUACAGUGUUCAGUGACAUUUAUUUAAGAACAGAUUUUAUUAUGCUGUUUGUGAAAUUCCAAAUCCCAGUGAAAUCUUCCAAAUCUAGAGUUAAACACAGAUUGGCAGUGGGAGGAGAACUUUGGGCUAUGAGUAGAAGUGAUGAUCACAGGAAGCUUUUUGUCAGGGGUAGGAAAACUCCACCAGUCAUUGUAAUAAACGUGUAAUGAAGGGUAUCUCAUGAUUUAAGGGUUGUGGAUAUGAAUGGUAGAUUCAACAAAAAAGUUUUAAAAAAAAAAUACAAGAAGUUUCUGUUUUUUAUUGAUUUAUCUUAGACCUGCAAUUAAUGUUCUAUCAGCCAUUUGUGUCUUACAUAUAUACAGACACAUAUAUAUAAACAACAAAAACAAAGACAGAUCUUGAGUAUGAAUAUAAUUUAAGGCGCUAUUUAUGAAUAAUUAAUGUUGUCAUUUCUGUAAUUUCCUUUCUUUGCUAUAUUUAUUGGAAUGUUUCUGUAGCCGUGAGAAGUUUGAGAAGCUAAUCAGAUAACAAAAAUGUUGGAAUUCUUUUCUUAAAGGAAUCCAUGCUUUAUUUAUUCAGGCUCAUCAAAAAUGGUGAAACUGUAUUCAAGAUUUAUUCAUGACAUCCACGAGAUCUUGUUGAAAUGUUUGUAUUCCUUGAUGUCAGUUGUUGAAAUCAUCUAUUUUCUCCUGGUCAGGUCAGUGAAUGGUUAAUGAUGAGUGUAAUUUCCAGAUGAAGUGAUUAAUUAAGUGAACCAACCACAAUUUCUUACUGUUCAAACACCAGUGUUUUUUCACCAUUUGUUUCUGUUGAAUAUUCAUGUAAAUCAGAACCAUCUGUAAUUAGUUACUUAAAUAAACACAAA